CACGGCGGGGGGCGGGACACCGACAGCCCCCACCCCCCGCAGCAUUUUUCCGCGGGAAGCUCCAAUUUCAAAGCACCGGGAGAAGCGGGCGAGACCCUCUCUGCAAGUUCCCCCCGCCAGCACCGCGGCCACAAGCGCAGCGAGUUUUCCAGGGCUCGUCCUCCUCCCCAGGCUGGCGGGGGGCACUGCGUGCGCCCCCAGAAUUCCUCUCCCUCCGUUUCUGUUUGUGUUACCCGCCCUUUUUUCCUUUUUUUUUGCCUGCUUUUCCCUAUUUGCGCCGGGGCAGCACCAUCACGUGAGACCGGGCCCGGCGGGACGCGGCUGCCGGGGGUGCUCCGGGGUCUGGGGGGGAACCGGAGACGCAUCCCCAGGCCCGACCUUUUCCCCACAUCCCUUCCCCAAAUUGGGGGCUGGACUGGGUGGGGGGUUGGUCUGCAGGAGGCGGCGCUCGCUCUCGCUCCCCCCAGAUUUUUUUCCCUGCGGUCGCUCGGGAAGGUGGAGCCUGGGGCCACCCCCGCGGGCAGGUGCCGGAUGGCGGCGGGGACCCUCGCCCCCCGCCCUCCCGACUCCCUGCAGGAAUUCCAGUACCCCCCCCAAAACAGCCGCCCGGCCGGGGGAGUGCCCCCGGCUACCGACCUGGUGCUGGGGGCCACUGCCGGCUGCUUGGCCUGCUUCCUCACCAACCCGCUGGAGGUGGUGAAGACGCGUUUGCAGCUGCAGGGCGAGCUGCAGCCCCCGGGCACCUACCCCCGGCCCUACCGCGGCGUGCUGCGGGCGGCCGUGGCCGUGUGCCGGGCGGACGGGCUGCGGGGGCUGCAGAAGGGGCUGGCGGCCGGGCUGCUCUACCAGGGGCUGAUGAACGGUGUCCGCUUCUACUGCUAUUCCCACGCCGAGGACGCCGGCUGGACCGGGUAUCCCGGCGGGACCGUGGCCGCCGGGGCCGUGGCCGGGGCGGUGGGAGCCGUCGUGGGCAGCCCCGCGUACCUGGUCAAGACCCACCUCCAAGCCCAGACACUGUCGGCCAUGGCCGUGGGCCACCAGCACAACCAUGAGAGCAUCUCCGGCGCUUUCAAGAGCAUCUACCAGCAGCACGGGGUGGUGGGGCUGUGGCGGGGGGUGUCGGGCGCCGUGCCCCGCGUGGCCGUGGGCUCGGCAGUGCAGCUCGCCACCUUCGCCUCCGCCAAGGACUGGGUCUGCGAGCGGCAGUGGUUCAGGAAGGGCAGCUGGGCGGCGGUGCUGGCGGGGGGCAUGGUGAGUGGUGUGGCUGUGGCUGUGACAAUGACACCUUUUGACGUGGUCAGCACACGGCUCUACAACCAGCCGGUGGACGCCGAUGGCACGGUAAGGCCGUUCUGGGUACGGCACAGGGGACACGCGGCUUUUCCCAGGAUUGCAUCCGGCAGGGGUGCAGAGCUGGCUCCUGUCUCCCCAGGGCAAGCUCUACCGAGGUUUUUUGGAUUGUAUCCUGCAAAUCUCCAGCAAAGAGGGGCUGCUGGGCUUGUACAAGGGCAUCGGCGCCGUCUACCUCCGCCUUGGUCCCCACACCGUCCUCAGCCUCUUCUUUUGGGACAAGCUCAGGAACAUGGUUCAGCACUAGCAGCCCCCAGGGCUGUAGGACAGACUCCUGCCAGCACCACCACCACCGAUGUUAAUAAAGAGGUUUUUCUAUUUUUGGUGUUGUCUUGGGGUCUUUGGGGUGGUGCAGAAGGGGGGGCAGGACCUGAAAUGCUGCAAUGCCUCAGGGUGGAGAGGAGAAUGGCAGUGCUGUCGUGGGGGGAGGUUAAAGGUGCUGGUGGUCCCUGAGCCCAUGUGCAUCACAUCUCUCUUCUCCUAAUUUUCACCUCCACGGGGCAGCUGGAGCUCAUCUCAUCCAGCCAGGGCUCCAGCUGCCCUGGUUUGCCCUAAUAAUGAUUUACUAGCCGGGGGGGCCACCCCCUGCCUCCACCCCGUGGACCUUGGAGCCGGGGCCUGGCUGCACUGUGGCUCCUCUCCAC